GAGUAAAAAGGCACAAGAUGGCGGCGCUGGUGGCGCUUGCUUGCCUUAGGAGGCUGAAGUCUUGCAGACAGAGCAGCUGUUCCUUUCAUCUGUGGACUCUGAUGAGAACCCCAUUUCAUGCCCCACAUAACAGUGCCUGUAUGCCAAGGAUAAGAGUGCAAUGGGCAUCAUCCUCUGCCAGUACACAGAGUGAUACCAAUGAAGGACAGGUCUACAUCAGUGAGAGUUGUGUGAAGAGGUUAUUGGAGAUUGCAGAAGGGUCUGAGUUUCUCAGGCUGCAGGUGGAAGGAGGUGGCUGCUCUGGUUUCCAGUAUAAAUUUUCCUUGGAUACAGUUGUGAAUUCUGAUGACAGGAUUUUUGAACAAGGUGGUGCCCGAGUGGUUGUGGACAUGGACAGCUUAAGCUUUGUGAAAGGGGCAAUGAUCGAUUUCAGUCAGGAGCUAAUUCGUAGCUCCUUCCAGGUUGUGAACAAUCCACAAGCAGAACAAGGCUGUUCCUGUGGAUCAUCUUUUUCAAUUAAGCUCUGAUCCGAUGUCUCCAUGUGGUCUUUCAUGGAUGCUGACAGACCAAUUUCAUUUCAGUUGCAUGUUCCCCAGCUGAGUUCUGCUCCCUGCAACAACUGGUCUACAUAAAGAUGCAAGCACAUCCUUUGAACAGCCUCUAAAAAGAACUCAUCUCUCCAAGACUAGAUGUGAACUGAGCUAGCUCCCUGUGCAACUUCCCAGUGAAACCAUGAUGACUCCUUUCAUAGCAUGUAGAACAGUGUGUUGUGCUGGUUGAUGUUUGUACAUAUUUCUGUGAUUUAAUGUAUUUAGUUUUUUAAAGUAAAUUCCCAUUACAUUUAAUUUUUGUGGAUAUUAAUAGCC